AUGCGUCACUUCGCCUUGAUCUGUAUCCUGGCAGCCUGGCUGGCCAGCCCAGCCCGAGCAAUCACCUGCCUUCAUCAAAGUAUCGAUUUGACAGAAGAGUUAGCCCCUCCUUGUCGAACGGUUUUCCUCUGUGCAUGCGGCAAAUUUGUGAGGUGCAUGCGUCAGCGAAUUGUUGCCAUUGUACGCUGUGAAGAUUGUGGCGAAGAUCAGGGGGCGGCUUUUGCUGACGAGCCGUGCGCACAUCACUUAAGUGUGUGUCCUGGCCACAACUGA